AUGUCGGACUCCCCCCAAUCCAAUCCAAAGGACGUCGAGGGUGUACAAUCACCCGACGAGGAAGCACCAAUGAACGAUUCUCAGGAUCCACAGGGAGGCGCGCUCUCCUAUGAGCAGUUCGAGGUCAAGGAGCAAGACCGAUGGCUGCCAAUAGCCAAUGUGGCCCGCAUCAUGAAGAAUGCACUGCCCGACAACGCCAAGAUCGCAAAGGAGGCCAAGGAGUGCAUGCAGGAGUGUGUGAGCGAGUUCAUCUCCUUCAUCACCAGCGAGGCAUCGGAGAAGUGUCAUCAGGAGAAGCGAAAGACAGUCAAUGGCGAGGACAUUCUGUUCGCCAUGACUUCGCUCGGCUUCGAGAACUACGCAGAGGCGCUUAAGAUAUAUCUCGCAAAAUACCGCGAGUCCCAGUCCACCCGCGGCGACGGCCAGCAAAACCGCCCGAGCAGCCAAGGCUACGGUGCUCCUCCUGGGUCCGCGUCUGGGACGAACCCAGGUUCAUCGGGCUUCCCCGGCGGCGAGCUUGUUCAGCAGCAAGGAGACGGCACCGGCGACGCCGCAAGCUACCUGUACAGCGCCCAGGGCGGGCACAACGGCGCCGCCCCGAGCGAGUACUGA